ACGCCUGCUGCAUGCGUUGGCAAGAAGCCAAUCAGGAAGUACUUGUGGCUGGAGUAGGAAGCACAUUGAAUGAUGACCUAUUGACUCACACCACUCACUUGCCAGCAAAUGGAGUUUUAGUGCGGAAUGAGCCUCACCUCUUACCUAACCAGCACAUUCAGUUAUGUCAGCGACUACAUGUGGCAACUAAUUACCAAAGUCAGCACGAAUCACAUGUAACAGAUAUUGCAGCCCAACAAGCGCACCCAGAACGAUCUUUACUGCAGCGAGAGAAAGUAUUCUUCCGUCUGUCAUUGAGGGAGCAGCAGGAGGCAAUGCAAAGGCUCAAAGACCUACAUAAGGAGGCAGAACUAAAAUGUGAGAGUGACAGGAGACGACAGAUGCUCAGAUUUCAGGAGAGACUCUCCAUUGCUCGCAACCGCAAAUCAGAGGAGGAUUUACUGGGGACCACUCCAAGAGGAUCCCCCCAACUGUCCCCAGAACCUGUGUCCCAGGGGGAUGCUGAGCACCAAAAGAGUGCAGUGAGAGAGCAUCUGGAGAGGGUAAAAAGAGAACGUACCUACUUCAUGCAGUCAAAGAGAGAGAGGAACACAAGUACCUUCAGAGAACUAUUGGAUCCUGUACUGACCAGGAAUGAACAAAGUUCUGGGGGAACAAGGCUAAGAGGAGCUAACAGUAUGUGAGGAAUGACAUCACGAGGUGAGGAAUGACAUCACAAGAUGAAACAAGAAGAAGAAGAACAGACACAGCACGAUAUAAAAGCUCAUUAAUGUCACAUACAGAGAGCUUCUCUCCCCAACAAAUUAUUGAUUCAUUGGCUAUGGUGGUUUAGGUUCUCUCUUGGUCAUUUCCAAUGAUAUUUUGAUAGGAACAUGACUUGUGUUGCUCUAUGUGUGCUAUAAAACACAUUGAAGCUGUAGUCUCCAGAAUGUAUUAUGGUGUUUUAAUGUAUUUCAAUGGCCCCUCAAACUGAUCAUACAGGGAAUUGGACAAAGAGGAGUCAGAAACAUGGCAAGUUUG